UGACAUCAGAUCUGUGCCCACGAUGUAUACGCUAGAUAGAGUAAAAUUUUAGCCAUUUCUUAAGCCGCGCACGAUUGGCUCCCCCACAUCGACGAAGACUAAAACCCAGCUUGCCAAAGCCGCCGCCAGCCCCAAAUCCCCCAGCCUUCCUCGCGACGGGAGAAGAAAAAUCCCACUCUGCUGCGGUAUUAGUACAAUCUGAUUGCCACUUCCGCCUGUCUUAAUCCUACCAUUUCGCUGAAUCCUCCUUUAUAAAUACGCGCUCUCCCCGUUUCGCGUGCUCCAAAUCGUAGUGGGGGGAAGUGGAGUUGAGUUGUGCAAGUCUACCGCAAUGGAGUCCAUCGCCGCCGCCACGUUCGCGCCCUCGCGCCUCGCCGCCCGCCCCGCCACGGCGGCGGCCCCGGUUAGAGCGAGGGCAGCGGUGACGGCAGGAGGGAGGAGGAGGAGGAGGUGCGGCGGCGUGAGGUGCUCCGCCGGGAAGCCGCAGGCGAGCGCGGUGAUCAAUGGGAGCGCGGCGGCGCGGGCGGCGGAGGAGGACAGGAGGCGCUUCUUCGAGGCGGCGGAGCGGGGGAGCGGGAAGGGCAACCUGGUGCCCAUGUGGGAGUGCAUCGUGUCGGACCACCUCACCCCGGUGCUCGCCUACCGCUGCCUCGUCCCCGAGGACAAUAUGGAUACCCCCAGCUUCCUCUUCGAGUCCGUCGAGCAGGGCCCCGAGGGCACCACCAACGUCGGUCGCUAUAGCAUGGUGGGAGCCCACCCAGUGAUGGAGAUUGUGGCAAAGGAGAACAAGGUCACAAUCAUGGACCACGAGAAGGGCAAGGUGACGGAGCAGGUCGUGGAUGAUCCUAUGCAGAUCCCCAGGAGCAUGAUGGAAGGAUGGCACCCACAGCAGAUCGACCAGCUUCCCGAUUCCUUCACCGGUGGAUGGGUUGGGUUCUUUUCCUAUGAUACGGUCCGUUAUGUCGAAAAGAAGAAGCUACCCUUCUCCGGUGCUCCCCAGGACGACAGGAAUCUUCCUGAUGUUCACCUCGGGCUUUAUGAUGACGUUCUCGUCUUUGACAAUGUGGAGAAGAAAGUAUAUGUCAUCCAUUGGGUUAAUCUUGAUCGGCAUGCAUCCACCGAGGAUGCAUACCAAGAUGGCAGGUCCAGGCUGAACCUGUUCCUAUCUAAAGUGCACAAUUCAAAUGUACCCAAGCUUUCUCCAGGAUUUGUGAAGCUACACACUCGGCAGUUUGGUACACCUUUGAACAAAUCAACCAUGACAAGUGAUGAGUACAAGAAUGCUGUUAUGCAGGCUAAGGAGCAUAUUAUGGCUGGUGAUAUUUUCCAAAUUGUUUUAAGCCAGAGGUUUGAGAGGCGAACAUAUGCCAAUCCAUUUGAAGUAUAUCGAGCUUUACGAAUUGUGAACCCAAGUCCAUACAUGGCAUAUGUACAGGCAAGAGGCUGUGUCCUGGUAGCAUCAAGUCCAGAAAUUCUUACUCGUGUCAGGAAGGGUAAGAUUAUUAACAGGCCACUUGCUGGGACUGUUCGAAGGGGCAAGACAGAGAAGGAAGAUGAAAUGCAAGAGAAGCAACUAUUAAGUGAUGAAAAACAGUGUGCCGAACACAUUAUGCUUGUAGAUUUGGGAAGGAAUGAUGUUGGAAAGGUCUCCAAACCUGGAUCUGUGAAGGUGGAGAAAUUAAUGAACAUUGAACGCUACUCCCAUGUCAUGCACAUCAGUUCAACGGUAAGUGGAGAGUUGGAUGACCAUCUCCAAAGUUGGGAUGCCCUGCGAGCUGCGUUGCCGGUUGGGACAGUUAGUGGAGCACCAAAGGUGAAAGCCAUGGAGCUGAUAGAUGAGCUAGAGGUCACAAGACGAGGGCCAUACAGUGGCGGCCUAGGAGGAAUAUCAUUUGACGGAGACAUGCUUAUCGCCCUCGCACUCCGCACCAUUGUAUUCUCAACAGCGCCAAGCCACAACACGAUGUACUCAUACAAAGACACCGAGAGGCGCCGGGAGUGGGUCGCUCACCUUCAGGCUGGUGCUGGCAUUGUUGCUGAUAGCAGCCCAGAUGACGAGCAACGUGAAUGCGAGAACAAGGCAGCAGCUCUGGCUAGAGCUAUCGAUCUUGCCGAGUCAGCUUUCGUAGACAAAGAGUAGUCUCUCACGAGAGUUGUUUUUGUUCUUAUUAGUCGUGGUUCUUCUCGCUGCAUUUUACCAAAGUCUUCAGUGAGUUUAGAGAAGCAAUAAGCCUACCCUGUUCUGUGAUCGAAUAAACUGGAGGUCAUGUCGUGAGCUAAAGCUCUGUGCCAUUUGAAAGGUAUAUGCUUUUAGAUUGUUUUUGCUAGGUGGAGGCAUGUAUAGUGCACCCUCUGGAUAAAGUAAGCAGUCUCAACAGGGGUAUUGUCGGUGCAUAGUUAAGCUGGUUCUUCUCCA